GGGUGCGCCAAGGGCUUUGUCCACCGCGUUCGGUGAACUCUCCCUUCAUCCCUAGGACAACCCGGUGAGCGAGGAGGGAGCCGAAGCCAGGCGCUGUUAGGUGACUUGCCCCAGUCACACCCAGCAGGUGAUGGGGAGGCCUUCAAACCCAGACAUCCACGACAGCGAUGGCAGUUCCAGCAGCAGCCACCAGAGCCUCAAGAGCACAGCCAAAUGGGCGGCAUCCCUGGAGAAUCUCCUGGAGGACCCAGAAGGCGUGAAAAGAUUUAGGGAAUUUUUAAAAAAGGAGUUCAGUGAAGAAAACGUUUUGUUUUGGCUAGCGUGUGAAGAUUUCAAGAAAAUGCAAGACAAGAAGCAGAUGCAGGAAAAGGCGAAGGAGAUCUACAUGACCUUUCUGUCCAGCAAGGCCUCAUCACAGGUCAACGUGGAGGGGCAGUCUCGGCUCAAUGAGAAGAUCCUGGAAGAACCACACCCUCUGAUGUUUCAGAAGCUCCAGGACCAGAUCUUUAAUCUCAUGAAGUACGACAGCUACAGCCGCUUCUUAAAGUCUGACUUGUUUUUAAAACACAAGCGAACCGAGGAAGAGGAAGAAGAUUCAUCUGAUGCUCAGACUGCAGCUAAAAGAGCUUCCAGAGUUUAUAACACAUGAGCCCCCAAAGAGCCAGGCCUGGCAGCGUUAAGAAGCAAAGGAACUUCCUCUCAGGACCAUGCAGGGUUUAUCAUUGCUUUGUUAUUUGUAAGGACUAAAAUGUACAAAACCCUUCCAUGGGAUAUGUGUGUUUUAUUAACUGCUUCACUAGUAAGUUUUGCAUGAUGGCUAAGCUAAUAUAAAAAAUAAUCAU